GUCGCCCGGGACCUGGGGCUUUCUCCGAGCCAGCUGGUGGCUCGCAAGGCGCGCGUGGUGUCCGAGGGGAGCGAGCAGCAUUUCCGCCUCGAUCCGCACAGCGGCGUCCUGACGGUCACGGAGACGCUGGACCGAGAGCGGAUCUGUCCGCACAGCGAGAGCUGCGCGCUCUUCUUUAAGCUUUUCUUUGAGAACCCGGUGCAGCUGAUCCGCGGGGAGGUGGAGCUUCGCGACGUGAACGACAACUCCCCCGUGUUCCCGCAGAAGGAGGUGGUUCUGGAGAUACCCGAAACGAUAGCUCGCGGGUCUCGAUUUCCCCUAGAAGAAGCACGCGAUAUGGACGUGGGGAUUAACGGUUUACAGAAUUACAGUCUAUCUCCGAACUCGCAUUUCUCCCUUGCUCUCGAGAAAGCAGAAGAUGGAGGCAAAUACGCGGAGCUCGUCCUUGAGAGGCCUUUGGACCGCGAGGAGCAGCGGGAGCUGCAUUUGGUGCUCACGGCGACGGACGGGGGCUCGCCGCCCAGGUCGGGCACGGCUGAGGUGCGGGUGGUGGUGCUGGAUGCCAACGACAACAUGCCGGUGUUCUCGCGGGAGGUGUACGAGGUGCGCGUGGCCGAGAACAGCCCCCCGGGGCAGCUGGUGGUGCGGGUGUCGGCCGCGGAUCCCGACGAAGGAACCAACGGCAAAGUGCGGUACGAGUUCACACAGUCAUCGGAAGGAUCCCGAGAGCUCUUCGAUCUGAACGCUGAGACCGGGGAGAUUCGGGUUUCGGGCAAUCUGGAUUUUGAAGAAGCAAAGACUCACCAGCUGGUGGUGAGAGCCACGGACGGCGGCGGUCUGUCUGCACACUGCAAAGUGCACGUGGAGGUGCUGGACGUGAACGACAACGCGCCGGAGAUCGAGCUGAGCUCGGUGAGCGCGUCCAUCCCCGAGGACGCCCCGCCGCGCACCGUGGUGGCCCUGCUGAGCGUGCGGGACCGCGACUCCGGCGACAACGGGCGGACGGAGUGCGCCGUCGAGGGCGACGUGCCGUUCAGCCUGACGGCCGCGUUCGCCGACCACUACGAGCUGCGCACCAGCGCGGCCCUGGACAGGGAGACGGCGGCCGAGUACAACGUGAGCAUCGUGGCCACGGACCGGGGCCGGGCGCGGCUGAGCGCUCGCGAGAGCGUGCGGGUGCGGGUCGGCGACGUGAACGACAACGCGCCUCGCUUCACGCAGGCGGCGUACAGCAUGUGGGUGAGCGAGAACGAGGCGGGCGCGGUGCGGAUCGGCAGCGUGAAGGCGACGGACGCGGACGCGGGCGCGAACGGGCGCGUGAGGUACGCGCUGGUGCGGGAGGAGGGCGAGGAGCGGCGCGCCGUGUCGGUGGACGCCGAGAGCGGGGCCGUGUCCGUGGUGCGGCCGCUGGACUACGAGCAGGUGCGCGCCGUGGAGGUGACGGUGGUCGCCGCCGACGGGGGCUCGCCGCCGCGGAGCGCCACGGCGCUGGUGCGGGUGCUGGUGCGGGACGAGAACGACAACGCGCCCGUGGUGCUGCACCCGCCGGCCGACGGCGGCGCGGCGCUGGGCGAGCUGGUGCCGCGGCGGGCGCGGGCGGGCUACCUGGUGGCCAAGGUGGUGGCGGUGGACGCGGACGCGGGGCAGAACGCGUGGCUGUGCUACGAGCUGGCCAAGGCGACGGAGCCGGGGCUGUUCCGCGUGGGGCUGCACAGCGGCGAGGUGCGCACGGCGCGGGCCGUGGGCGAGCGCGACGCGGCCCGGCACAGGCUGGUGGUGCUGGUGCGGGACCGCGGGCGGCCGCCGCGCUCCGCCAGCGCCACGCUGGCCGUCGCCCUGGCCGACGGCUUCUCCGAAGGCCGCCUGCGGGCGAGCGAAGAGGCGCCGGCCGCCGAGCCCGACGGCCGCCUCACCCUGUACCUCAGCGUCUGCUUGGCCUGCGUGUCCGCGCUCUUCGUGGCCGGCGCGGCGGCCGCCGUGGCCGCCCAUGUGCGGCGGGCCCGGCGGGGCGAGCCGGGGACCUUGCCCGCCUUCCCGCGCUCCGCCGCCGACAGCGGCGCCGGCUCCCUGCCCCGCAGCUACGUCUACGACGUCCGCCUCGCCGCCGGCACCGUCGACAGCGAGUUCCGCUUCCUCGGGCCGCUCUUGCCCUGCUUCCCCGCCGGGCUGCCGCACGGCGCGGCCGAGCGGCGGAGCUCGCUGUGCUCGGCCGGCCUCGGCCAAGAAGAAGGCGACUGGGCCGUGCAG